AUGGCCGAACCUAAACACUGCGUUUUGAGGGUCUAUAAAAAUCAUAGUCCACCUCUGGCACGAAACGGGACAGAGAGAGCAAAAAUGGUGCAGCUACACUUGCUAUCUCCCCAACUCAGUACACAAAACCCUAAACUAUUCAGUCGUCAAUCAGUACCCUUUCACCAAUCCUUUCGGCCAACUGCAUUUAACCCCAAAAUCUAUACUCUUUCUCCAACCAAAACCUCUGACACCACAAAGAGUAAGCUCGCUGUGAAGGGCCGUCAGUCGGAGUUCUAUGAGCAGCAGAGGUUCAACUCUUCCCGUUCUUCUUCCACCACCGAUACAUCUUAUGUUCCGCAUUCGCCGUCGGCAUCUGCAGGAGUUGGAGAAUUGCCGCCUAGGGUUUUUGUUGGCCAUUCAAUAUACAAAGGGAAGGCUGCUCUUACUGUGGAACCUCGAGCACCGGAGUUCGCGGCAUUAGAUUCUGGGGCAUUUAAACUAGCCAAGGAAGGUUUUGUUCUGUUACAAUUUGCGCCUGCAGCUGGUGUACGCCAGUAUGACUGGAGCAGAAAGCAGGUGUUCUCAUUAUCAGUGACAGAAAUUGGGACUCUAAUCAGCCUUGGUGCUAGAGAUUCGUGUGAAUUUUUCCAUGAUCCUAAUAAGGGAAAAAGUGAAGAAGGCAAGAUCAGGAAGGUGUUGAAGGUAGAGCCACUCCCAGAUGGUUCUGGCCACUUCUUUAACCUCAGUGUUCAAAACAAACUUCUGAAUAUGGAUGAAAGCAUUUACAUUCCCAUUACAAGGGCAGAAUACACCGUCCUCACCUCAGCUUUUAACUAUAUCUUACCAUACCUGCUAGGUUGGCAUGCCUUCGCAAAUUCUAUCAAACCAGAUGACCAUAGCCGUGUGAACAAUGCAAGUCCAAGGUAUGGGGGGGACUAUGAAUGGAGCAGGUAGUGAACAUCGCAAGGAUGCCUGCAAGAAUAGUGCCUAAGCUGUAUUUUACGUUUUUUUCCCCCCAAACUCUUUUGCAUCAAAUUCGUUGGUUAGGAGAAUCUUCCUAGGAAUUUUGAUGAAUUCCAAAUUUUCCUUA